AUGAACAAGCCCCUUUACUCCCAGCGGGACCGGCCCAGGCGCACAGGGGGAACAACACCGCAGACACAAGCAAUUUCUGCAGACAUGAUAACUUUUUUGGAGCUGAUCGAAGCGGACCUUCUGGCGGAUGGGGCUCCUUGUGGGGGCUUCUCUGA